AUGUCAUCAAGUGCUCAUGAGUUGUUUAGAUAUAUUGAACCAUAUGUAACCAAUUGGUGGUUGAUCUGUAUAGGAAUAUACGUGUUGUUCAGCAUAUUGACAUGGAUCAAUGGACGUAUUUUAAUGAAAAAACUUGGUGCAAAGCCAAUACAAUUCGUUGCGCCGGAUCCAUAUUGGGGUAUUCCAUUAAUGUUCAGACUUUUGAGGAAGAAGAAGGAAGGAACCAUGGUAGACAUGACAAAGGAAAGAUUCGAAGAAUUCGGAAUCGAGACAUUUAGCUUUAGAGUAGGCGGAACGCCUGUUAUAACGACAAAAGACCCAGAGAAUAUUAAAGCAAUGUUGGCUACACAAUUCAAUGAUUUUGCUUUGGGGAAAAGACACACUUAUUUUAAACCGUUAUUAGGAGAUGGUAUUUUCACAUUAGAUGGAGCAGGAUGGAGGCACUCACGGGCAAUGUUGAGACCACAAUUUGCUCGGGAGCAAGUUGCACAUGUAAAGUCGUUAGAACCUCACUUGCAGACACUUGCCAAACACAUCAUAAAUUUUAAGGGAGAAAGAUUCGAUAUCCAGCCAUUAUUUUUUAGAUUGACUAUUGA